GUCGAUUCAAAGAAUAGAUCCUGUCACCUUGUGGAUUUUCCCAUACCUCAGAAUGUCUAUCAAUUCAGUACCUGGAACCAUGGCUAGGAGGACAAUUCUCAGCUCUAGGUUUGCGGCGCAAGUUUUAUACGCUCCUGAGACUUCUCGGGUAAUCAGGCCUGGCGCCCUGGGAUCCUUCAGAGGUAUUCAUCGUUCGGCUCGAUUGCCUGCCAUCACUGCAUCAGAAGCACGGCACAGGCCAACAUUGCAACCGCAUCACCAGUCCAUGGCCCACAUUCGAGUUAACGGCCCAUCCCCAGUUAGCAAACGAACGAUCUUCAUCCAGACGGAAACUACCCCGAACCCAGAUGCAUUGAAGUUUGUUCCAAACCACCGAGUUCUCCCCGAGGAUUUCAAUACCACUUUCCUCGAGUACCUUUCCCCCCGGUCCACCCUUGCUCCUCCUCACCCAUCUUCGCUCGCGGCCAACCUUUUCAACAUUGAUGGCGUUACAUCUGUAUUCUACGGGCCCGAUUUCAUUACCGUCACCAAGGCAGGUGAUGCCAACUGGGCUCACAUUAAGCCGGAAAUUUUCAGCUUGAUCACCCAAGCUGUAACCUCCGGUGAGGCGAUCGUCAGCACUGUAGCAAAGGGAGAUGCACAGCAGGGUGCCGAAGAGGAUUCGCUUAGUUACAAUGAGGAGGAUGAUGAAGUUGUCAGUAUGAUCAAGGAGCUCCUGGAAACAAGAAUCCGACCGGCUAUUCAGGAGGACGGAGGGGACAUUGAGCUGAGAGGGUUUGAAAACGGCAUCGUGAUGUUAAAGUUGCGAGGAGCUUGCCGUACAUGCGACUCGAGCACAGUUACUCUGCGAAACGGCAUUGAGUCCAUGCUUAUGCACUAUAUCGAAGAAGUGAAGGGAGUUGAACAAGUGACUGACCCGGAAGAGGAGAUUUCCAUGCUCGAGUUUGCCAAGUUUGAAGAAAAGCUACGAGAACAGAAGGGUGCUCAGGCGACAGCUUCUACUAGUGGAAAAGGCACCCUGGACACGGCGCCCUAAGGACAAAAGAACCUUGAAAUCAAAAAUCAACGCCUUUCGUUUAUUCGACUUUUAAUGAACAGAUAGAUGGAAUUGGACUUGGACCUGGACCCGCGCCUUGUGUGCCGUUUUGUACUAUAAUAUGAAUACAACAUCACUGUUUGGAAACCUACCUGUCAUAUUAAACUUCAGAUGUACGUACAGAACAGAACAACUUGAACUACCC